AUGUUGGAAGGACGUGUUCGAGCUGUACGACCUUAUGGGGACAAACUCAUUGAAGCGCUUCAUUCUAUUGGCGAUAAUCCCCUCAACGUCGAGGACUUACUGCAGACGGUGCUGCAACAGACAGGCGGAGACACCGCAGCCUCAGCAGCACUUCGUCUGGAAUCUGAAAAUGAAGGGGUUGAGGGCAUGCUUCUCUCUCCCGGUGCAGGUCCAGCAACUAUUGGUGCGACUCAUGUUGGGAAUGUGUCACGGAGACCUCGCCAACGCCCCCGUGCAGGCCCUGGAGCACGAGGAAAGGGUAAACCAGAGGAAAAUUCGGAGGAAAUGCAACGCCAAAUCAACGAGAUUGUACAGGCCGCGCUGAAAGUCGACAGUGCAGCAAAGGAGAAAGAGCGUCGUUCCAGAGGAGCAGAACGUCCUGCACGUAGAUCAGGUGCUAUGAGUGGGAGCAUAGAUUCAGUUGUAGUACCAUUACAACGCUCGACACCAUUUGCUAUGUCCACCCGCAGAGAUGACGCCGAUGUCGAUACAGUCUCCACACCAGUAUCAAACAGUAAUUCCCAAAUGGCUUUCGCAUCGAUCACUCCUUCAACGGGUAGCAUUUAA